AAAUUCCAUUUUUGUAGUAAUAAAGAUCCGAUAAUGCUGUACGUUAACAUAGUCCCGGUUCUGCUAUUCUUGGCAAAUUGUGAUUGUGCCCGAAUUCUGAUCGCAAUUUCGUCACCGUUCGUCGAACACCAAGUAACCUUCCAGGGACUAUGGAGAGCGUUGUUGGGAAGGGGUCACGCAGUUACUCUGCUAACGACCCACUCCAUGAACGAUAAGAGCUACUCACACCUGCAAGAGAUAGUCUGGCACGAGAGUGUUACCUUGGAUAAAGUGGACCGGGAGUCUUUCAUCUCGGCGUAUUACAACUACGACUCGGUGCUCAAAACCCUAGAUUCGGAGUUGAACCACACCAAGGUCAUUGAAUUACUAAACGAAGACCGAGAGUUCGACCUGGUAAUUACAGAGUACCAAGCACCGGUUCUUUACGCCUUGGCCGAAGUGUACAACUGCCCCUUGAUCCUGGUUUCCACUACGGACUUGAGAUCGUUCAUGUACUACGAUCUUAACAAUCCCUCUCACUCGGCGUACAAUCCAGACUUCCUACUGCCUUACAAACACCCGCUCAGCUUCCUCGAACGCUUUAUCAGCGCUGGAGUUCUCUUCGCGAACAAGCUUUACUACAACCUGAUUGUAGCUAAACAAGAAACGGCCCUAAUCCGUAAGCACUUCGGGUCCAAGUUUCCGACAGUUGAAGAUCUACGAGACAGGAUUAGUGUCGUUUUGGUCAACCAGAACCCGAUCCUCGGACACAUACGUCCUCUCAUCCCGACGAUUGUGUCUAUUGGAGGCGCCCUAAACAUUCAACCGCCGAACUUCUUACCGGAGGAAUUCGACGCCUUCAUGAGGAAAAGCCCGAGUGGAGUUAUUUACGUGAAUUUAGGCCCAGUUAGUUCCAGCGCGCUCCGCAUCAUACUGAAGUCACUUGGGGAGCUCUCGUACAAUUCUAUAGUGCGAUAUGAUGGAGAAGUUAAGAGCGAGCCGGAGAAUGUGCUAGUUACCCAGUCGGUCUCUCAGCAGGAUGUGCUAAGGCACCCGAAUAUCAAGUUGUUUGUAACACAUGGCGAGCUGGAAGCCGUCGAGGAAGCCGUUUAUUUUAAAGUGCCGAUGCUUAUGCUACCGAUGCAUCGCGAUCAAGAAGCGAUGGUUCGUAGUGUGGUUCCUAGAGGAGCUGCAUUGUCGUUGAACAUCAACAGCUUAAAAAAAAAGAAGUUCAAGGCGGCCAUGCUGGAUCUCUUGGAGAAUAUAGAGUAUCGAAAGAAGAUGAUGUACUUGCAUGAGUUGGUUCACGAUCAGCCAGUAGGUGGCUUGGAGGUUGCUGUAUGGUGGACGGACCAUGUAAUAAGAAACAAGGGAACAAAACACUUAAAAACCCAGGGGCAGGAUAUACCAUUGUACCAAUACCUUUACUUGGACGUCAUCGGAGUUCUGCUGUUCGUCUUCUUUACGAUUUUGUUUCUAAUGUACCUUGCCUUGAAGGUUUCCAUUUAUUUGAUUCGACGAGGUUUCUUCCAAAAGAAGGAGAAGGUGCAGUAAUCCUAAACUGCAGCAUCCACAUAUUAGUUGUAUUACCUUUCUAUUUUCCUUACCUUUAAGCUAGAGGUAGACUUUGUAGUGUUUAGCGUUUUACUGUUAAUAAAAGUGCAGUUUCAAAGGAAAAAA